AUGGAAAAGAUAUGGAAGCACGCCUUCUCCGAGCUAGGCGCCUCUCCGUCUUCCCACCCGAUCAUCAUGACCGAGCCCGCAGUCGAGGCCCCCAAAAGCCAGCGUCUCCACCAAGCAACCUACGUCUUCGAAACUCUCCACGCUCCAGCAUACUACACCACCAGCCCCGCCAUCCUCUCCGCGUAUGCUGCCAACCUCCCCACCACCCUCGUAGUUGACUCAGGCUACACGGGAACCUACGUCGUCACCGUCCACGACUUCAAGCAGCUGCGCGACUGCGUGUGGUGUUACGACGUUGCCGGCCAGGCGGUAGAAGACUGGCUGGUGCGCGCUCUCAGCGUUGAAGAAGGCGUCGUGUUCUCUUCAAACGGCUCCGGCAGGGAUUACGCGCGUCUGCAAAAGUUCGAGCGCGCACGCGUGGCGGCGGAUUUCCAGGACGAGUACGUCCAGUGGACGCUGAACGCUUCUGACGAGGAAAAGAAGUGGGAGUUGCCUGACGGUCGGACUUUUUCCCCCGGACGCCCGCUUGGGUUGCUCGCUGGGGAGUUGCUGUUCGACCACUCCAUCACGGGGUUCGACGUGCCCGAGUUCCAGUACGGGGUUGUCUCGACGGUUAUGAAGGCUAACGAAGGGUUGCGGGGUAUGCUUUGGGGGAAUAUUCUGUUGGCCGGCGGGAAUACCAUGAUACCUGGAUACGGCGAACGGCUGGAGAAGGAAGCAAGGCGAAACGUUCAGGAGGGAACAAAAGUCAAUGUGAUCGCGCCGCGGGAUAGGAUGUACUCGGCUUGGAUAGGCGGCUCGAUGGUCAGCGAGCUUUCCACGUUUAGGAACAUGUGUAUUUCGCGGGCAGAGUACGAUGAGACGGGGCCCGGAAUAGUUGACAGAAAAUGCAGUUGA